GGCCGAAUUAUAAAAGCAUCAAGACAGAGUGGAACCUGCGGCAUUACCGCAUUGCGCAAUUACUAACCACAUCAUACACAAAGCAUAGCAGGAAUAUCGUCAUACGCUAUGAAAAGUAGAAGUAGCACGCCCACUCAAAUUAAUACCAAGCCUGAAUCAUUGUGUCAGGGCACAAGCACUGUAAAGCAGGCAAAGAAGGACCUUUUAAAGCCAGAUGAGAGUGUAGUGGUCGACGUAGACGAUUCUGGGGAGCAAAUGUCUGCCAGCGAAAUCUCGUGGGUGCAGUCAAUGAUUGGCGCGGCUAAUCCGCAGAACAUGAAAGUAUUCUUCGGCACUUCAAACCAGAAUAUAACAUUCAACGACGGCCAUAUAAGGAUCACAAUAGUGUUUCAGGGGUGUUCAGACUGCGAGUUUACCAUCAACUCGCCAAGUGCGAAGGUAUUCAUGCAAGGCUGCAAGAAUAUUACCGUACACAUGAAUGACCGGAUAGUCACGUCAACUGUAGAGGCCUACAAAUGCGACAAUCUAUCACUGUACUACCACACCCGAGUGGAAACUACACAGAUUGAUGUAUGCAACGAUGUAAAAUGUGCGUUUGACACAGUAGACGGGCUUGGUUUCAUUAUCUGGGCAGGCUGCCAGCGACUUCAGGUCUCCAUCGCAGAUAAACCGGAACUAGACACUCUUACAGGCUUCGAUAUUGCUAAGCCACACUACGAGGACAUCGUAUUCGAACGUACACAGUUUAAGUUGCACUACCUAUGGGAGGCAUUGCGCACUGAGAAGAUCAUCCGAUUGGCCAAUGGUUUCCCAACAACAAAGCGAGAGGCAGAUGCACACAAUAACAGGAGAGACGAGAUCUGUAGGAAGCUGAUAGAUCAAUGUUUUGGUGGACUUACAUCACUGAAGAAGGCUGGAACUACUGUUGUGAAUGCUUGAGAAGUCGUUGAGAUGUACAAGGAAGAAAUAAUAGCCUACCAAGUUGACUGUACGGCAUACCGAAGUGAAUAUAUUCAACAUUCGACACCAAAACGGUAAUCGUAGUGUACUUGCCAACGAUCCCGACGAUUAUUACUGCAACACCAUGUUAAUAAAAGAGAAGUCAUCACAGAUGAAGG